AUGUUGUUGCCAAGUACAGACUUAUGGAAAACUUCAAUUGAACUCCAAAUUUUUGAAGCAGGAGAUACCUAUUUUAGACCAGAACCUUUACCGGAUCGAACGUUUCGUGGAAAGUUUCGGGUGGUGGAUGACAAAUGGUCGAUGGAUUUAGCGGAUCAAACAUCAAUAAGGUUUCAACACAAGUCAAGAGAUUAUAGGGAAAGGAUAAAUCUACUUUUGAGGAGGUCCGACUUAAGAGAGCCUUUUGAGGGAACUGAGAUUUUGGCACUCGAUGGAACUGAUGACACCAAUGACAUCCUCGUCCACUUCAAUGUAAUCUUUGAUCCCUACAUCGGACUGGUUUCAACUGCUGAUCUUCUAGCCAUUUUCACAGAAGAGAUUACAGCUCAAAACCGAAGGUACUUCGCCAAUAUGACUGUUGAUCCGGAGAGUUUGACAAUUAAAGAGGUAACUGGCCUAAUUGAAGAACCAAUUAUGUCAUCAUCACCACUGGAAAAAGACGAUGAGGUUCCGAUUUUGGUAACGACCACUCCUAGGCCACCAAGAUAUUGUGAACCUCUCAAGCUUAACUACUGUCGGUCGAUUGGCUACAAUUCUACCACUUACCCAAAUCUCUUAGGCCACACUUCCAUUGCAGAAGUGGAAGCCGAUGUGAUCGCCUUUCGUGAAAUGGUCGAUGCUGAAUGUUUUCGAGAGGCUUUUGAUUUUGUCUGUCGACUUCUGCAGCCACCUUGCGAGUCGCAUGGCUUACUAGAACCAACACCUGGAGUGAUCUGUCGUGAAUAUUGUCAGAUUUUCAUGAAGGGCUGUGGAAAUCGGUUGUUGCACAGAUUUAAGAAAUUUUUCGAUUGCGAGACGUUCCCUGAAUCAACUGGACUGCAAUCUUGUCACCACAAACCCCGAUGCUCUGAAGAUCUGCAGAGUAAUGCUUUAUCUCCACGAUUAUGCGAUGGAAUCGGUGAUUGUCCAGACCUUUCAGAUGAACGGUCGUGUUCGUUUUGCCCAGCAAAUUCCUUGUAUUGUGGUCGUGGAAGAGCUUGUAUAUCGAAGAAGGCUCGAUGUGACGGAAAAGUUGACUGCCCCGAUGGUUCCGACGAAAAAGACUGCCUAUCAAUUGCCCCACUGGCAUCUGCUUUAAUUCAUCCAGAACCGUUGGUGCCUUUUCAACCAAGAUUUCAUUCGGAAGGAUUUGCAGUCUUUUCAGAGAAAGGAAUUGUGGGAAAACUUUGUGCUGAAGGUCUGGACGGUAGUGAAAAAGACACAGUGAGACAAACUGUUGCUGAAUCCCUGUGCAAGUCCCUGGGUUAUUAUGAAUCGGUUCAGCUGUUUGAAAUCCGCAACGACACAGAAAGUCUCAAGGAUUAUGUUCGAGUUCUUGAUCCACAUGCUCCAGAGAUCUCCUUUAUCCGAACAACAUGCCAAAACAAGAGAGUACUCUAUGUUGGUUGUGGAGAAUUGCAGUGUGGGGUUCAGUCAGUGCUGUCGCCAAAACAUACAUCUCUACCAAAAAUGUCUUCUCCGGGAGAUUGGCCAUGGCUUGUAGCGCUGUAUAGAGAAGAUACACAUGUUUGUGAUGGAACUUUGGUUUCACGUGAUUGGGUUCUCAGAACGGAAUCCUGUUUCCAGGGGCAACCUCGAGCAACCUGAAUGGCAAUAUUUGGUUCGGUGCGAUUAAAUGCUCCUUGGACACAACGUCGACGUGUUAUAGGUUUGAUUAAGAGUCCUGUUGAAGGUUCCACUGCAGCUCUUAUACGCCUCGAGACCCCAGUGAUAUUCUCUGACUUCGUUCGACCGGUUUGCCUGCCCGAUGAGUUGGAUAAGAAACUGCGUCCAGAUUACCAAAGAAGAACUUUAAUUCCAAAAGCCGAGAAGCUAGAGGGUGACCGUCAUCAGCUACGUGAUACAUCCGCCAAAGUACAGAUAUCAGAACGAGAAACACAACAGUUCUUCGUCGCUCCAUCGCUUGAAAAACCUUCCCUUAGUACUGAUUCAAGUGAUAUUGAUAGUUCAGAAACCUCCAUCAGCAGCUCAGGACUGCGGCGGCGACGAGCAGUUGAACCAAUUCCGUCAUUUGAAUCAUAUCCACUGCCAGACAGUGUACCUCAAAUGCAGUAUUACUCUCAGAAGGCGCGUUCUUUGGGUCAACAGAAGUUGCCUGUAACCUAUGUAACAACAGUGCGAUCUGCUGAGCAGACACAAUGGACUAAUUGCAAUACGUUGGGCUGGUCAAGACAGCGGGACCAUUUACAGAGAGUAUAAUUGAAAAUUGGUGAUAUGUCCGCAUGCGAGAAUGUCUCGAUUGCGACCGUGAAUAGCAUGUGUACGGAAGCUACAUUCCAGAAGCACGAUUGUACGGUGAGUUAA